CCUCUCUGUGAAGGCCUGAAUUACCUCACAUACAACAGUCGGAGGAAAAAAACAGUGCGCGGUCUAUCGCUUCUAUAGGUCGCCAGGAGAUUUGAUGCGCGGGGCGCAAAGUCAUUCUUGUCGUCUCAUCUCGCAUCGCUGUGCUGGCACUGGUCGCGUUUCCGCUGCGCCCGGAAUAAGCUCUCUUACACCAAAACGUUCUGUCCUUUGCAACUGUAAUUCUAACUAUCUAACUCAGACUAGUUAAACAUUUUGUGUCCGAGGCUUUUAAUGCCUUACACCUAACGUUAAGGGCGAAUAUAUUUAGUCUGAGUUACUGUGACGGCUUUAGGCAACAAUAGCGGAUCGUUAACAAGGCGUGAGGAACUGACCACAUCCGCACGGGUGCCGCACACUAUUGCCAAAGUUACUGCUCCCCUCUUCGCAAAUGGACGCUCUGGGAGCCGAGAACAACACUAGUGGCAGACUGAACUGAGUUUCCCACUUCCCUCUUGAGCCGAAGAGCAGAGACCGAGCUCUACGCAUCCGAAGUGGACACAGGUAUUCGGGCACCAGGAGUCGUACUUAUCGCAGUGAAGCAGCAAGUCUGAUGCUACGACGUCACUUCCUGUAGGUCUGUAAGAGGACACCCCCCCCCCACCCCACCCUACUCUCCACCUCAGCAUGUCCAGCCCACAGACCAUAUGGCCCCCAGGCACGGAGUGUGUGGCCAAGUACAACUUCAAGGGCACCACUGACCAGGACCUGCCGCUCUGCAAGGGCGACGUGCUGACCAUCAUCAGCGUCACCCGGGACCCAAACUGGUACAAGGCCAAGAACACAGGAGGGCAGGAGGGCACCAUCCCAGCCAACUACGUCCAGAAGAGGGAGGGAGUCAAAUCAGGAGGCAACAAACUUAGUCUUAUGCCAUGGUUCCACGGCAAGAUCACGCGGGAGCAGGCGGAGGCUCUGCUGCACCCGCCGGAGACGGGUCUGUUCCUGGUGCGCGAGAGCACCAACUACCCCGGCGACUACACGCUGUGCGUCAGCUGCGACGGCAAGGUGGAGCACUACCGCAUCAUCUACCACAAGGGCAAGCUCAGCAUCGACGAGGAGGAGUUCUUCGAGAACCUCAUGCAGCUUGUCGAGCACUACACCAAAGAUGCUGAUGGCCUGUGCACCAAACUCAUCAAGCCCAAGCUGGAGGAGGGGACCGUAGCAGCCCAGGACGAGUUCUCCCGCAGUGGAUGGUCCCUCAACAGGAAAGAGCUCAAGCUCCACCAAACUAUAGGAAAGGGAGAGUUUGGAGAUGUGAUGGAGGGAGAGUACAGAGGGUCGAGAGUAGCGGUGAAGUGCAUCAAACAUGACGCCACUGCACAGGCCUUCGUAGCCGAGGCUUCCAUCAUGACGCAGAUGAGGCACCCUAAUCUGGUACAGCUGCUGGGGGUGAUCGUAGAGGAGAACGGCUCUCUCUUCAUCGUCACCGAGUUCAUGGCCAAGGGUAGUCUGGCUGAUUAUCUGCGCACAAGAGGCAGGACGGUGAUUGAUGCCAAUUGCCUCCUCAAGUUCUCUCUGGAUGUGUGUGAGGCCAUGGAGUAUUUGGAGGAGAGCAACUUUGUGCACAGAGACCUGGCGGCACGGAACGUUCUCGUGUCCGAUGACAACAUCGCCAAAGUCAGCGACUUCGGUCUGACCAAGGAGGCCUCCUCCAAACAGGACACGGCCAAGCUCCCCGUCAAGUGGACAGCACCAGAGGCCCUCAGGGAGAAGAAAUUCUCCACCAAGUCGGACGUGUGGAGCUACGGCAUCUUGCUGUGGGAGAUCUACUCCUUCGGACGUGUCCCGUACCCCAAGAUCGCGCUGAAGGACGUGGUCCCGCAGGUGGAGAAGGGCUACGUGAUGACGGCUCCUGACGGCUGUCCUGCUCCAGUGUACGAGGUGAUGAAGCUCUGCUGGACCCUCAACGCAGACACCCGGCCCAGCUUCAACAAGCUCCGCGAACAGCUCCAGCUCCUCCGCUCGGCACCUUAGGACAACACACACACACACACACACACACACACAUACACAUACACAUACGACAGAUAUGACACACACGCACACUCACAUAUGACACAUACGACACACACACACACACACACACACACAUACGUACUAUACAGACUUACACAAACACAUGCACACAUGCAUGCAUCCACACAUACAUUGACACACACACACACACACACACACUCACACACACACACAUGCCAAGGGAGAGGAGUCACUGGGGAGGAGAAGUGAGCGACGUGUGGAGUAGUCGUAGAGGGCUGGUGCCUCCUCCACUUCUGAGCCGUAACCAGUGCUUGAACCUGUGCCUGUGGGCUCUCUGACGCGUCGAUGUUUGUUUGUUUGUUUGUUUGCUUGUUUUUGUUUUUAUUUUGAGUUUUUGUUUUGUUUUAUCAGACUGUGCUGCCUCUGAGCUGUUUCCCCUGCUACUGUGUACUUCUCCAAAACAACAUGGCUGCCUUCUCCAAAACAACAUGGCUGCCUUCUCCUAAAUAACAUGGCCGCCUUGGUCUGUGUGUCUGGUUUUGGUUGUGUUUACUUCUCCAUCUCCAAAAACAACAUGGCUGCCUUCUCCAAAACAACAUGGCUGCCUUGGUCUUAGUGUCUGGUUGUGUUUGUGUUUCCUUGUUCUUGUCCUCUGGAGAAAUGCAGCUCCGCACGCUGGCCUGUGUUGGGACGGGGUGCUAUGGGCUCGCACGCUGGCCUGUGUUGGGACGGGGUGCUAUGGGCUCGCACGCUGGCCUGUGUUGGGACGGGGUGCUAUGGGCUCGCACGCUGGCCUGUGUUGGGACGGGGCGCUAUGGGC